UUUAUGUCCCAGUGCAGUUCAAUAUACGGCACAAUAUUUAAAUAGAGUUUUUAUUCAUGAGAACAAGCAAAUUAAAAAUUUUGCAACUACAUUGCAUAUGUAGUAAUCUUAUCAUUUUUCCAUUCUUGAAGUUCUUGAAUCUUUACAUUGUACACAAAUAGCUAUCAACUUUUAUUUGAAACCCUAGGAAAUAAAAAUCAAGUUACUUUAUAGGUCUGUUCAUGCACCCAAAGGUUGCUUUUUUAGAGACACUCCUACACUUUCAGUCAUUUUCAAUUCUACUGACGUCAGAGAAGUCAUAUGACACAAAAAACACUGCAGUCACACUGGCGGAGCAGCACAAGGUCCUACUUAAAGUCACCUGUCCUAAAUAGCAACUCCGUCUCAGUUUCACUUUGACACGCACACAAGUAAACAUGCAGUGUGUUCCUUAGAUAGAGAUUUGUUGAGGUUUACUUCCAUGUGGGUUUUACUUGACUUUAUGCAGGUAUGAACGGCCUUUGUAACAUUAUGGUGGCGCAAAACGUGUGGAGGCAUUCGAGCAGUAAAUGAAGACGGAUUGAAAUCCACCACCUUUUAGUUCCGUCAUGAUCAGCAGUGUUUUACCUUGAAGAGGGUGACGGCGCAGACUAAAUAACUUCCGCCACUUUUUCCAUGCUGACUUGAACCCGUCUCUGCCUGGUUUUAUCACCGAAGUGAGAAAGUCUUUACGAGGCAAUGAGCUUUUUACAAGCCUUCUUUACAAGCCUUUAGAAAUAAGGCUUGUUAGCAGAUUCUGACCUGACAGUCUUUUGUUUUAAAUGCCGUUUUAGAAAGCCUGUGUAGAUGUAGUGUAGUCCCAGUCCAGCAGGACCUAAAAUGUGCCCCAUGUUUGCCCCGUGCUAAGCUGACUCCCAUUCUUCUGCAACUGUCAUUCCUGUUACUCCUGCUCUCAAAGGUUCUGCUGUUGCUUUCAAUAUUGUGUUUGCAACACCUCAAGUCACAAAUCCAGAUUCCUUCCUACUGAGAUCAUAUAUAGUUUCUCUUUUUCCUGGUUAAUGGGCCUCAUGUAACAGGAUGGUGUUUAUAUUUAGCAGGAGGAUGUAAGCAUAUCACAGGCUUUCUAAUAAAGGCUUGUCUUGUUUCCAGAAACUCCAGAAUGGAUUAUAAAUUGCGUGUUGACAUGGAGAUGAUUCACAGACUGAAGUUUGUCCCUGAUAGUGUGUAUAGCACGCCGUAAAAAGGACAUUUCUACUUAAGUAAGACUGAGAAAACAGUGCGCUAUAAAGUGUUUUCCUAAUUUUGUUUGCACCUUUCCCAAAACAAAGAUAACUUGGCCAGGACUUUGUAAAUCCUGAUCCUUGGUUGCUCUGCACGUGUCUCGCACUGGCGAGCGAGGAUGAAGGCGCCGGGCCGCGGGCGCAGCUGAGCAUGUACGCGGCUUCAGGGAUGACGGAGUGCAAGGCUGAGGUGACGCCAUCAACCCGCAAUGGCCACCGCGUGUUCAGCUACACGCUCGAGAGUCACACAGCCGCAGCCUUCAUCAUCAUGAAUGAGCUGCGGCUUGAGAGGCAACUCUGUGAUGUCACGCUGCGAGUAAAAUACAACGACCUGGAGGCAGUGGACUUUGUGGCACAUAAGGUGGUGCUGGCAUCCUCUUCACCUGUCUUUCGUGCCAUGUUCACCAACGGCCUGAAGGAGUGCGGCAUGGAGGUGGUGCCCAUCGAGGGGAUCCACCCGCGGGUAAUGGGCCGCCUGAUAGAGUUCGCCUACACGGCAAGUAUCUCGGUCGGAGAGAAGUGUGUCAUCCAUGUGAUGAAUGGAGCCGUGAUGUAUCAGAUCGACAGCGUGGUGAAGGCCUGCUGUGAUUUCCUGGUGCAACAGCUGGACCCGAGCAACGCCAUCGGCAUCGCUAACUUCGCAGAGCAGAUUGGCUGCACCGAGCUACACCAGAAAGCCCGCGAGUACAUCUACAUGAACUUCAGUCAGGUUGCGACACAGGAGGAGUUCUUUAAUCUCUCUCCCUGUCAGCUGGUAACACUGAUCAGCCGCGAUGAGCUGAACGUACGCUGCGAGUCUGAGGUAUACCAUGCAUGCGUGGCAUGGGUGCAGUAUGAGCGUGACGAGCGGAGGCCCUUUGUGCAGGCGCUGCUACAGGCUGUGAGAUGCCACUCUCUUCCACCACACUUCCUUCAGCGCCAACUCGAGCACUUUGAGUGGGAUGCACAGAGCAAGGACUAUCUAGCACAGAUCUUUCAGGACCUCACACUGCACAAGCCUACCAAGGCAGCAGCAUGUCGCACACCUAAGGUACCGCAGCUUAUAUACACAGCGGGUGGCUAUUUCCGCCAAUCACUCUGCUUCCUCGAGGCGUUUAACCCAGCCACUUGCAUCUGGCUGCGUCUGGCGGAUCUGCAAGUGCCCCGCAGUGGCCUGGCAGCGUGCGUGAUCAGCGGGCUCUUCUAUGCUGUUGGAGGGAGGAACAAUGCACCUGAUGGCAACAUGGACUCCAACACGCUGGACUGCUACAACCCUAUGAACAACUGCUGGCUCCCAUGUGCCCCGAUGAGUGUACCCCGGAACAGAAUUGGCGUUGGGGUCAUCGAUGGAAUGAUCUAUGCAGUUGGAGGCUCACAUGGAUGCAUCCAUCAUAACAGUGUAGAGAGGUAUGACCCAGAAAGGGACUUAUGGCAACUGGUGGCCCCCAUGCUGACCCGGCGAAUAGGGGUGGGCGUGGCUGUCAUUAACCGCCUCCUCUACGCGGUGGGUGGGUUUGAUGGAACGCAUCGUCUAAGUUCAGUGGAAUGUUACAACCCCGAGAAAGACGAAUGGAGGAGCACCGCACCCAUGAACACUGUCCGCAGCGGAGCAGGUGUGUGCGCGUUGAAUAGCCACAUCUAUGUAAUGGGCGGCUAUGAUGGCACCAAUCAGCUGAACACUGUGGAGCGCUACGACGUGGAGACGGACAGCUGGACCUUCAUCUCGUCAAUGAGACACCGGCGCAGCGCGCUGGGAGUCACCACCCUCCAUGGACACAUCUACGCACUCGGAGGAUAUGAUGGUAACACCUUUUUGGACAGUGUGGAGUGCUACGACCCUGAAACCGACACGUGGACCGAGGUCACGAGGAUGACCUCCGGGCGGAGCGGGGUCGGUGUUGCAGUUACCAUGGAGCCGUGCCAAAAAGAUUGCCAGAAAGACUGUCCGAAAGAUUGUCUGAAAGAGUGUCAGAAAUUCUAGUGCCUCUUAUAUUUUCCUGCUCUUUUUCCUUUCACAUUUCUAUUCCUUACUCUUUCAGCCAGGAUGAUCAGUGAUUACAAUUCUGGUGAUUCAGCAUCAUUUAACAGUCUUCUAUAAAUGAGAGCAAACGGGUCUCUGGACAUCUACAGGGUUCACAAAAAGCGUGACAUCAGAGAGAUAGAAGUAGACCUUAAGAUGCUUCCAGAAAGGACUGGUUACUUUUAUUUUUGUUGUUGUUGCUGGAUUUUUAGCCAGACUACAGGCAUCGGGAUCAUUAAUGUGCAUCAGCGCUUGUGUCUCCUGUUUGUAUUACUGACCAGCCUUGUCUAUCUAAACCAAACUGACUAAAAUCUGAACAUUUCUCCAGAAACAGAAGUUGCAGCUCAGCAAUGUGGACCAUGGAUGUCAAAAUCUUAAAGUGCCAUUAUUGUAUCUCGAAACACAUUUCAGUAUCCGCUGUCUGUGUUGCUAAACCUGGCUUUAUAGAAGUGACAGAACGAGCACACGGACCCAGUGAGGCAGCGAACUGCAACUGUGGGUCGGUUUAGUGCAGCGGUGUCCAAUCUUAUCCACAAAUGGCCGGUGUGGGUGCAGGUUUUCAUUCCAACAAAGCUGAAGCCAAGAACAACUGAUUAAACAGGUGGAAUCAGGUCUGGCUUCUGCUUGGUUGGAAUGAAAACCUGCAACCACAUCGGCCCUUUCCGGAUAAGAUUGGACACUGCUGGUUUAGAGAAAGGUCAAAUUUACACAAUCUUCCAUUUACUCUAAAUCUAUUUGAUCGGCCAAAAACUUUUCAUGUUUCCUGAUGUUUGCUUCAUUAGUUUUGCACCAGAGUUUAAUGUUGCUAAGAAGUAAGAGAAUUAUCUCAAAUAAAUCUGAUUUUGUGGAUACUAUUCUCCACAAAUACACGACUUUAGACUUUAAUCUAGAUCUUUUGCAAUUUUGGGACCAAAAUUUUGUGGAGCCAAAAUAAUAAGAGUGCAUCGGUUUUACUCUUAACAAUUUCGCUCAAAUGUUCAGGAAAUGUCCUACAUUCGAUGAACAAAAUAUUUGGUCUCAUUUUAGUAUGUCUUGCUCAUUAUACUACAGAUAAAAUGAUGUUUAAAGAUCCUUUUAUUUUGGAAAACAAACCUGAGAUCAGGAUUCAGAACUGGCAAAAAAUAAAAAUGGUUGGUGUUUUUGGAGAGACAUUCAACAAAACAAAACAAAAAACAUACUGCGACUACAUCUGCUUGGAGGUUAUUUUAAUGAUAGUUUUUCAUACUUAUUUGCUUCAAACUGACAUCACAUAUCUUCUAUCUUGCAUUUAAAGCAGAUAUUUUCAAAAACAUCUGUUGUGUGGCGUGACAGACUACCUUCCUUUGUGAGUUUCGUAACUCCAGUACAAAACAUGAUUCAGACAUAAAACAUGUUUCAGCUGAUUGAGUACAUUUUGGGAAAUUUUUUUAAAAAGCCAUUUUCUGCUUCCAUUCCUUAUGUAAUUAUAAAGACAAACAGAUUCAGGCAUACUGAAGCAGGGGACACACUUGAUUCAACUCACAAGGUAAUUAUACAUGUUUAUUAUAGACUUCAAUUCAUUUUUUUAUUAGCCAAUUGCUCAUUUCAUGAACUUGUUCACUCAGGGUGUUUAUUUGGGUGCGAUACGCCACCUUUGUGAUUAACUAGUGAGUUGAAUACACAAGGUGUUAAUGCUGGGAACCACGGAUGCAUAACCCUGGUUUUUGUAUAACUUGAUUCAAUUUAGUGCUUUUUUCUGCUGAAGUCACUUUGUUAAUUUGUAAACCCCUUCAUGAGUGUGUGUUUUUCCAGAUAGCUUGUUUAUCUAUGUAGCGUCUCAUUUUAAAAGUGUUUCAGGGUCCAGCUUAGCCCUGAGAAAAACUGUUUCUAAAAUCCAAAAGCACAAAUGAAAGAAGACUGAUAUCUGAGAUGAAGGAUUUGGAAAGUAAUGGAAAAGAAUAUGGGUCCUGAUGUCAUUCGAUGGUGGAUGCAGCAUUAACUGGGGGAAAAAGAAAAAAAAUGUUGAUUCCUUGCCACUUGAUGCCAACGCCACUGUCAGAACAGACAUCUUGUGAGAGCAGACAGAAAAAUCAGAUUAUGUAUUUGUUACAGUAUUUUAGUCUACAUUUUCCAAGGUUUUAGCAACUUCUUGGAGUUUUGUACAGGGUCUGGAUUUCUCUUUUAUUUAUUUUGAAUUAAAUGUUUUUCCCCCUCUUCAUGCUUGAUCCUUAAGUUCUACUUUGGAACAAAGGACCGGUCCCCUUUUGUAUUCGUUGCAUACUGAGCAUGAGCCGUAUUUCGAGACGUGAUGGCGACUCGUGACUUCUCUUUUUUCUAAGUCUGUCUGUUUAAAAAAAAAAAAAAAAAAAAAAAAAAAAGGAAGUAGUUUUUGCUUUAACAGUUUAUUACUAACAUUGAGAGAUAAUUUAAAGACUGCUUUGUACAUUUUACAGCAAUCAAUGUAUUGUAAAACACCUUGUGUAUUAAAGAUCUGUUUAUUGUA